AUGCCAUCAUCAGGACAAGAGACUGAAGAGGCCCAAAGCCAUCAUAUCGGCGAGCAUUGGAGUGGGGCAAAUCCUAUUCCUACUGUCCAGAAAUUUGUCGAGCAUCUGGACCGAGAAAAGAAAGAGCGAGACCUUAGAAUUGACGAGCAGAACAGAAUCAAGAAGCAAAAUGCCAUCGGCAAAGAAAAGAAGGACAGGGCUGGCAAGAAACGGGAUGAGUCGCCUGGGGAUGUGAUGGCUCACCAAGCUCGAGAGAUCUCUCAGGCUAAUGUGCGCAUGGUGACUGAUCCAACGACAGGCAGGGAGAUCGGGGUAGAGGAUCAAGAGCCGUCGUCAAUGGAAGCCGUCAAAGACCCGAAAUUGACCGUUCCCAAUGCCAAUCUGGGAAAACAUACCGAACACCAAACGAGCCAGGAUCAAGAGCUCUCCGUGUACAAGGAGAAGCAAGACAUCACGGCUCCUCCAGAUCCGAUUGCUGAGGGAACAACAUCAGACGUUCCUAUUCGUGGUGAAAAGACCAAUGUGCUUUUCCACCCUACCCCAACAGUAUCAUUCCAGCCAAUGUUUGACCAGCUGGAGAAACGUGCAAUGGGUCUCUGUAUUGCCAUACCCGCUGCCAUAAUCAUUGUAGGCCGAUUCUUCGGGGGAUCCCUGCUAGGUCUCAUUCCACUGGCAGCCUGUAUCACAAGUGGCGUGUGGCUGUGGAUGCAUGAGGUGAUCAAGAGCGGCAAGGAGAUGGAAUGGAGUAGCGAGCAGCUCCGAGGCCAAACAGCCACUGCAAAUCUUCUGCCAGAAUCUGUUGAGUGGAUGAACAGCUUUCUCGGCGUCGUGUGGGGACUUAUGAAUCCUGAGAUGCUGACUCCUAUGGCCGAUACCAUUGAGGAUAUUAUGCAGGCAUCGGCGCCUAAAGUCGUGGAGAACGUCCGCAUCGCCGAAAUUGACCAGGGCAACAACCCAUUCCGCAUUCUCAGUAUGCGAGCUCUCCCAGAUGAUCAUGUCCAAAACCUGAAAGAGAACAUCCACCAGGAUAACCUGAAAAAUAAGGACCCUCAAGAAGCUGCGGCGACUGAAGAAGGUGGCAGUUACUACAACAUGGAGGCCUCUUUUGCAUACCACGCGAAGCCGAGUGGCGGAUCUGCAUCAUCUAAAGCGCGCAACAUGCACAUGCAGCUCGUGUUUUACCUGGGUAUCCGCGGCCUGUUCGGAGUGCCGUUCCCUGUGUUCGUCGAGUUGACUGAACUGGUUGGAACCGUUCGACUGCGGCUGCAGAUGAUGCCCGAGCCGCCAUUUAUGAAGGAACUCACAUUCAGCUUAGUCGGCAUCCCCCAUGUUCGGGCUGGCUGUGUCCCCAUGCUUCGGCGAGGUGUGAACGUCCUCAACUUGCCUCUGAUCUCUAACUUUGUCAACUCCGCGAUCGGCGCGGCGUGUGCUAUGUUUGCGGCGCCCAAGUCGAUGACUAUGGACCUCAGUAUGAUGCUCAAGGGCGACGAUAUCCACAAAGACACCUUGGCCUUGGGCGUGAUGUGGAUCCGCAUCCAUCGCGCCGUGGGCUUGAGCAAGCAGGAUCGCCGGGGCAGCGAGGGUGGCGGCAGCGAUCCGUACAUCAAUCUCUCCUUCUCGAAGUACGGCAAGCCCAUGUACUGCACCCGCGUGAUCACCGACGACCUCAAUCCGAUCUGGGAAGAGACUGCCGCGCUUCUCGUGACGCCCGAGUUGAUCAAGGCCAACGAAAACCUCAGCGUCGAGCUGUGGGACUCGGACCGGAACACCGCCGAUGAUAUUGUCGGCAAGGUGGAGCUGCCCAUUCGGGAAAUGCUGCAGCAUCCCAGCCGUAUGUACCCGCAAGUCUCCAAGCUCCAGGGCCUGGACGAGGGAAGCGAGAUGCCCGGCCAACUGCACUGGGAAGUCGGAUACUUCGGCAAGCCGAAGUUACGCCCGGAGCUGCGUACCGACGGCAAGAAGAAGGACCUACCUGAGAACCUGAAGGGCAACCCAACCUUUGAGGAUGAGAAAGGCACUAUCAAUACUGAAGAGGAGGACGCGGUCAUGCACACGCCGCCAGAUCCAAUCUGGCCCAGUGGAAUCGUGCAUAUCGUCGUGCACCAGAUUGUGAAUCUCCAGCUGGCGAAUAUCAAGGGCAGCGACGGGAACCGGAAGGGCAAGGAGUAUGAACCCGCGAAGCCUUUCGGCGAGAACACAGAAGAGCAAGGUGGGGAUCUACCGACAAGCUACUGCAAGAUUCUCCUGAAUGAUCAAUUGAUCUACCGCACACGGUCUAAAGCCGUGAGCUCGAAGCCAAUUUUCAACGCCGGCACAGAGCGAUUCGUUCGCGACUGGAGAUCGGCCGUUGUCACUGUCACAGUGCGAGACCAGCGGUAUCGCGAACACGACCCCAUUCUGGGCGUUGUGCCGAUCAAACUGUCGGACCUGCUCCAAACCAGCUCCCAGGUGACGAGAUGGUACCCGCUGGACGGCGGCGUUGGCUUCGGGCGCAUCCGCAUUUCGAUCCUGUUCCGGCAUGUCGAGACAAAACUUCCGCCGACCAUGCUGGGCUGGGACGUGGGGACCUUCGAAUUCGUCGGCCACAAGGUUGUGGCGAAGAACUUCGGCCGGCAGGCCAAGAUUAAGCUGCGGACCGGUGGCAGCACGGGCAAGAUCACGCGGCAUGUAGGCCGCCUCGACGGCAGCGACGUGGUCUAUGACACCUCGGACGAGAGCUUCCGCGACUCGCUGCGCAUGCCGGUCAAGCACCGCUACCGUUCGCCGAUUGUGUUCGAAUUGCACACACAGGGCAAGCGUGCGGCUGCGGGUUACGCGAUUCUCUGGCUGCAGCACCUUGUCGACAAUGAGGAUACAGACAUCGACCUGCCGAUCUGGACAACCAAGAGCGGCGCGCGACUGACGCAGAACUACGUCACCGAGCAGAACUGGCGGGCGAAGGAGGUCCCGGGCCUAGAAGACCUGACGGAGGUCGGGCGGCUGCAGCUUCAAUGCCGAUUCUCGCCAGGCAUUGACGAGUCGCACGAGCGGUUUGUCGUCGACAACGACUCACGCGAGACUUUCGAGACAUGGGAAGCCUGUCUGGCGCAGGGGGUGCGAUCGCGCAGCGUGCACGCCGAGGUACCGCCCGAGGUGCAAGCUAAGCACGAGCAGUCGCUUGUUGACGGUCGAGAUAUCCUCAAGCAAAGGGACUCAGUAGAGCGGCGGCGCUGGAUCGACCGCGAUGGUCACGACUGGAGCGGCGCAUUCGGGCAGGAUCCGCGCGCAUAUACCGACUCUACGGGCCGUAAGGUGGCCGAGCCUGGAUGCGAGAAGCCUCACCAUGACCCGGUGACUCCGCCCCCGUUGAAGGGCCAGCCUGGUGCAGAGGAGGAAGGCAGCUCGGAGGAGUCAGAAGGGUCUGAGACAGAGGCGCUGUCGAGGGGGCCGUCGACUAUCUCCGGCACGGAUGCGGGCUCGUCGUCGCAGGCUAGUAGUAGUAUCCAGAUGAACAAGGCGAACCGCCGCAGCGAGCAACGGCAGCAACGAGGAUUGAUGCAGUGGCGGCCGGCGCGUAAUGCAGCGUUUGCCAAGGACGAGGCGAAAUUUGCGUUGCGCAAAAUGAAGAAGAAGAUUGGGGCUGGAGAUCUGACUGGCCGAGAGCCGGAUGUUGAGACGGAGACAUAA